AUUUUCCCUCUGUCGUGUAGGCAUAUACAUAUACCUAGUAAUAAAAGGAACUCUUUCAGCACCAUGGGAGGCUCUAGCACGCUGCAAAACUUCACCCCAAAGAACAUCUACAUCAUCGGCGCUCAAUGCACAGGCAAAACUUCACUCGUCAACGCCUUGGAAAAUGCUUUUCGGGAGCCAUUCAGCUCCACAACCCCCGCCAUCGUUAAAGAGGUGGCGCGUUCAGUGUUAAAAAUUCAUGGAUUUACAGCCAGUGAUAUCACCUCGGAUCCGGGCCGGUGCCUGCAGUUGCAGACACUCAUAUUGGAAGCCCAGUUCAAUAAGGAGCGAGAGGCCCUAACCAAGAACGAUUGGAUCAUAUCGGAUCGUUCUGGACUGGAUCCCAUCAUAUACGCGUCUCGUCAUAUUGGAAGCGAAGCCGUGGAACUUAUGAUUUCAUCUGAGUACUGGAAAGAGCUGAGAGAUCGAAUGUCAGAGUCUCUCGUAUUUGUAUGCGAAACGGUGGAAGCUUGGCUUGUAAGUGAUGGAGUCAGGCUGAUGCCAAGAGACCUCCAAGAUUGGACCGAGUACGACGACGAGUUCUGCCGUAUGCUGGAUAGCGCAGGAGUACGGUAUCGAAUCAUUCCGCGCUCGAUGCAGAAUCUCGAGGAUAGAGUCGCAUAUGUAUGGUCAGAGUGGAAGAAGGCGUAUACUCCGUAGAGCAGUGCUAAGCGAGUUGAUUGCUCGGUAUUAAUGGCGGCAAGCUCUGAAACCCCAGGGUUGAGCGAGAGCAUCAAUGUCCAAUCUCAGCCAUUGCUCUUUCAGAUGCCUGGAUCUACUUCUAAUACACUAUUGAUAUUCUGAUAGUAGUGAUAGUAGCGAUAGUCAAGUAAAAAAAGAGAUACUAGCGACACUGGCUCUUUAAACAUGCAGAGCAUUCAUUUCACUAGUACUUUAGGCACAUGUAAGCAGUUGGCUUAGUUUGUUGCCGC